UCAUGCAUAUACAAUUUGAAACCAAUGGUGUACCUUGCAUUUCGGCUACAACAAAUUAAAAAUACUCUUCUUCUUCCAUUGAGCUUUCUAUCUACGUUUCUCUAUUUCUCUCCAUUUUGGUAGCAAUAGUUUGGUUGGAUACAUAUCCCGCCCCUUCCUCUCCCCCUCUCUCUAAAUAACCAUCAAUUUGCUCUCUUUCAAGGUAAACCUUCUGCCUCGCCUUUCUUUUAUCGACUCCCCUUUUACUUCCUCCCCUCCCGUACCAAUCAUUAUUGCAAUCGAAAGCUCUUGUUCAUGCUGGAUUUCUCCCGGUUAAUCUUCCUCCCUUGCAUUAGUUGAUUGUUUGUUAAAGAUUUAGGUGCAAAUUCACUUAGAAUUGUUUCAUGUUUUAGUUUUCUAAAACAUUCCAAGGGAACACAUUUGCACAUUGAUGAAAUUUAUUCUUUCAUUUCUUAAAAAAUUGUAAAAAAGUUUUAUUCUUUAGAUAUCGAUAUCAGGUCCAGGUGGGAAAAUGGCUGAAGUCGUCUCAGGGACGGACCAUAUUCACAAAUAUGAUGUCGACAACUCGGAGGACGAGAGGAAAAAUAGGAUGGGGUCCUUCAAGAAAAAGGCAAUUAGUGCCUCCUCAAAGUUUAGGAACUCUAUCAACAAAAGAAGUAGGAGAAGUAGCAAGGUCAUGUCAGUUGCCAUCGAAGAUGUUCGCGAUGCUGAGGAAAUGCAAUCCGUCGAUGCAUUCCGCCAAACUCUUAUCCUAGAAGAGCUAUUGCCCGCUCGGCACGAUGACUACCACAUGAUGCUAAGGUUUCUUAAGGCGAGGAAAUUCGAUAUCGAGAAGACUAAGCAAAUGUGGGCAGAUAUGCUUCAAUGGAGGAAGGAAUUUGGAUCCGACACAAUUAUGGAGGACUUGGAAUUCGGCGAACUUGAUCAAGUCUUGGAACACUACCCGCAAGGUCACCACGGGGUCGACAAAGAGGGCAGGCCUAUCUACAUCGAAAGACUAGGCUUAGUCGACGCCAACAAGAUGAUGCAAGUCACGACCAUGGAUCGUUAUGUCCAGUACCAUGUGAGGGAAUUCGAGAGGACUUUCGCGGUCAAGUUCCCUGCUUGCUCAAUUGCGGCAAAAAGACACAUAGAUCAGAGCACGACCAUCAUGGAUGUUCAAGGAGUGGGUUGCAGACAAUUCAACAAAGUCGCGAGGGAACUCAUCGGUCGGAUUCAAAAAAUCGACGGGGACAACUACCCUGAGACCUUGUGCCGGAUGUUCAUUGUCAAUGCCGGCCAGGGAUUUAGACUCCUUUGGAACACUGUGAAGAGCUUCCUCGAUCCAAAGACCACUGCCAAAAUCCAUGUUCUCGGAAACAAGUUCCAGAGUAAGUUACUCGAGAUCAUCGAUGCUAGUGAGUUGCCAGAGUUCCUCGGCGGCAAUUGUAAUUGCGAAGGAGGUUGUCUUCGAUCGGACAAAGGCCCAUGGAAGGACCCUGAGAUCGCCAAGAUGGUUCAAAAUGGCAUUGGGUGCUGCGGAAGGCAACAACAACAUGCGAGUGCGGCCGAGGAGAAGAUGAUCUCCGAGGACGAAAUUGUGUACCAAAAGAGACAAGAGUCUUUCCAUGACGAUAUCCCCAGGAGCCACAUCAAACACCCUGAACUCUCACCUGUUCAUGAAGAAAUGGGGGGUAUGGAUUGUGAGAAGAACAGUGCACCUGAGGAGAGAUUUCCCACGCCUUGCCAAUACGAGGAGUUGUUGCCGAUCGUGGAGAAGGUGGUGGAUGCGGGUUGGAACGACGAUAUGGUGCACGAGAAGCUUGCCCUCGCCAAAGAUGCGUAUACUCUUUCUGGGAUCAACAAUGGGUCUAGCAACAACAGCCACAUCUUCGGCGGAGUCGUGGCGUUUGUCAUGGGCGUUGUCACUAUGGUGCGCGUGGGGCGGUCGAUGUCGAGGAAGGUUACGAAUGCAGACGUCGCGAACUUGAUGAAGAGCCAAAUGGUGCGACAACCGCCGCCCGCGCCGGCUGUUUCUGUUGCUGAAUUUGCAUGCGUGCUGAAGCGCCUCGGUGAGCUCGAGGAGAAGGUGAAUGUCCUCGGCAAUAAACCGCCGGAAAUGGAACUCGACAAGGAAGAGAUGCUGAGUGCCGCGGCGAACCGUGUGGAGGCCCUGGAGUCUGAGCUCGCGGAAACUAGGAAGGCUCUUGAGGAGGCUUUGUCAAAGCACGAGGAGUUCGCUGCAUAUCUCGAGAAGAAAAAGAAGAAAAAAAACAAGUUGGCAAGUUUUCUUUAUUAGUAGUUUGCGUUAAAGCCCUUUAAAUCGAAUGGAAAAUAUUAAUUUCUUCGGGUAAAAUUGAAGAGAAAAAUGAAAACAGAAAUUUGAGAAGAAUAUUUUCUCUAUUAUUCCUCUUGUUUAAAUAAAUGACA